AUGGCUGCGCAAGGCGACGUCGAGGCCGAUUUGGGCUUUCUGCAGAGAAUUGAUCUGUAUGAGACCGAAAAGCCAUACACCCUGCAAUACUUUCCGGACGAUGAAUCGUUUCCGCGCACAAAUUGUGCUACGGCAAGAAGAUCCAAGAUCAAGCUGAGAGAUCUAAGGGCCCACGAGAAAGAGCCCACCAUUGAUACAGAGGGUUUCGAAAUCCUUCAAUUGGACUCCGCGAUGCAAUAUGCAGACUUUGGCUCAACGGAGACAAUACAGCAUAAAUAUUAUCCUGAGAUUAAGACCUUGUUGCAGGCGCAUUUCCAACCGCAACGCAUCGAGAUAUUGGAGCACAAUAUCCGCAAGCGGCAUCGCACAUUCCCAAUUGCGACCGGAACAGAUUAUCAUGAUCUGCAGCCAACCACGAGAGUCCACGUUGACUAUACGGAAAGUUCCAUGGUCGAAGCAGCCUACAAGUAUCUCGAUGUACGAGCAGAUCAAUUCGACAGAAUCGUCGCGUUGAACGUAUGGAGAACGCUCAAGGGGCCGCUAAUGGACUGGCCAUUAGCUAUGUGCAGUGCAAAGACCGUGGACUACGCCACCGAUCUUAUUGCAUGUGAUCUCGUGAACCGAACUUCGUACUCGGAGAACAUGCAGGUGCACUACAACGCGAACCAUGAGUGGUGGUAUCUGAGUGGCCAGCUGACUUCCGAGCUUUUGGUCUUCCGGCAAGCAGACACUUCCCGGGAGCAAGUCGCCGGCGUUCCUCACACGGGCUUCAAACAUCCGAAGACGACUGAUCAGGAUCAUCCCAGGGAAAGCAUCGAGCUUCGAGCAUUUCUCUUCUUCUAG